GUCUGAACAAUCGUCAUUUUCCACAUAUGCUACUGUAAGUGAACGUCUCAAGAUAAGGGGGCGGGUUUGUGAACCCUGUUACCAUGUGUAAUUGUUAAAAUGACACUAAAACUGUGCUAAAUACACUAGCACAGUCAUUGAGGAAAAACACAUCGUGUAAUAGUUGUAUCAACAUUUAUUAAGAACAUUAAGAAUGUACCAAACGUGUUUUCUUUGCAGCUUGAUAGUUCGCAUCUGACGAAUCUGCUGGAAAAUGAAAUAAAAUAGCUCACGAGCACGCACACAUCCCCCAGUUAAGACGAUCCCCUGUUGAUCCAUAACACCGAUACUUCCUACUGUGCCAUGGCGGGCGCACCCGCAGCAAGCAUGCACGGACCUUCUGCACCCCCUGCAAACAUGUUCGAUACAGUCCCUGGAUAUGAAGGAACAGUGGCUGGUGGAGGCGGUGGGUAUCUUCCACCUCCAAUGCCAUCUGUACCGAUGCCUGUGCCUGAACAGGCCCCCAACCCACCAGUCUGGCAUAUACCCUCCAUCUCAGAGGACAGGGCACGUCAAGCUUUCUCAACAUACGUCUCCAGCAAGUGCUGCUACAGUUCUGCCCCCGUCAGAGAGGGAGUCAUAACCAAUAUGGAGUCCUUUAAUACCUACAGGUAUCGUUUGGAGACGUUCAAGGAGUCCAGAUCUACUGAAUGGAGUCAGGAGCCUUACGCAGGUCAGCCUGUGGAUGCUGGUGUUCAACCUGCUCCAGGUCCGUGGCAGAUUGCAGCUCAAUCUCCGGCCUUCUUUCAAGAGCACAAGCAGACCAUUAAAGUGCCCUAUACUUCCUCAGUCAAGAACUGUCACUUGUGUCUGGGAAUGGGAAGAAACCCCUGUACCACCUGUGCUGGAGCUGGAAAUAAAGUCUGUCAGAUGUGUAAUGGUUCUGGUUACCGUCAUUCUAAUGACCGCUGCACACACUGCAAUGGGCGUGGACGUGAAAACUGUAGUUCAUGUAGCGGCAGAGGCUCUUGUCAGUGUGACACCUGCCGUGGAAAGGGAAAGCUGCUCGUCUUCAUCAACCUCAAUGUUAAAUGGAGCAUAGAGAAGGAUGAAUUCGUAGCGCAAGAUUCAAGUGGCCUGAGAGUGAAAAAACUGGAGGAGGUUUCAGGGAAGGAGCUCUAUAAAGAUGCCCAGUAUAUGGUCUAUCCAGUGAGGGGCUUUCCUGAUGCUUCUGUUGCGCAAGCUUCUGAGCGCUUAGUAAGAGACCAUCAGGGGAAAUACGCCCAAACAUCCCGCAUAUUACAACAGAGGCAGACAAUCGAGCUCAUUCCCAUAACCAAAGUGAACUACAUGUGGAAAGGAAAGCCUUAUGUUUACUAUGUGUAUGGAAAUGAGUUUAAAGUGAACGCUGAUGACUAUCCCGCCACCUGCUGCUGUUCUGUCAUGUAACAUCAA